AUGCCGCGAAAAUCCUUUAAAAUUAAGCCUGGUGUUAGAAAAUAUGGAACUAAAAGCAACUAUACUCCAGAAUUUUGGAAGAGGCACUUAGUAAAAUUCGGUCAGCGUGGUGAAGAAGGUGAUGGAAAUGAACUUAAGUCACAAAACAUUGGAGGACACGCAAAGUUCGUCGUUAAGGCUAUGAUACACAGACCACCUUCUCCAGAAAUAGCUGAAGAUUUAUAUAUGCUUGACAUAGGUGAUAAUCUAUCUGUGCUUCAAGAACAAGAGGUUGAGCCACCGGUCAUAACAAUCCGAGGAGAUUUUACAAUUGGAGUGUCGGAAGAACAAAUAUUAUGA